UGGUUUCUUCCUCUAUAAGACUACACAACAGAAGCUACAAAACUACAAAAAAACACCCACUGGUUUGCUUCUUCCAUCCAUGGCUGCAAUUCUUUUUCUUCUCUUUCUCUUCUUCAUUUUCCCUUUUACAUCACCAACCACAAUAACAAUCCCCCUUUCUUCUUCAACAAAGCAUCCAUCUUCCUCAGAUCCAUCGAAAAUCCUCAACAAUUUAGCUUCACUUUCUCUCUCCAGGGCUCACCAUCUCAAAUCGCCUAAAACCAAAUUUUCUCUCAUCAAAACCCCUCUAUACUCUCGUAGCUAUGGCGGGUAUUCAAUGUCUUUGAGUUUCGGUACACCGCCGCAAAAAGUUCAAUUUAUCAUGGACACAGGUAGUAGUCUCGUUUGGUUUCCUUGUACCUCUCGUUAUCUCUGUGCAGACUGUAAUUUUCCAAAUACUGAUAUAACGAAACUAGAUAAAUUUAUACCUAAACUUUCUUCUUCUUCAAAACUUGUGGGUUGCAAGAAUCCGAAAUGUGCAUGGAUUUUUGGAUCCAAUGUUCAGUCCCAAUGUCUUCACUGCGACCCGAAUAGUCAAAACUGUACUGAUCAAGCUUGUCCUCCUUAUGUAGUUCAGUACGGCUUAGGCUCUACGGCUGGUCGUUUACUUGUAGAGUCUCUUGAUUUCCCUAAUAAAACGGUAACCGAUUUUGUAGUCGGUUGCUCUCUUCUCUCUACCCGUCAACCUGAAGGAAUUGCCGGGUUUGGUCGGGCCCCCGAAUCUCUCCCUUUACAAUUGGGUCUUAAAAAAUUCUCUUAUUGUUUAAUAUCUCGCCAGUUUGAUGACACUCCGGUGAGUAGUGACCUUAUUUUGGAUAUGGGUCCGAUUUCCGGCGAGACUCAAGGCGUUAGUUACACACCGUUCUUAAAAAAUCCGGUCGGGUCGAACGUAGCAUUCCAAGAAUAUUACUAUGUAAUGCUAAGGAAAAUUAUCGUCGGCGACCGGCAUGUUAAAGUUCCGUACAGUUUCUUGGUUCCGGGAUCUGACGGUAAUGGAGGGACUAUAGUGGAUUCCGGCGCAACUUUUACGUUCAUGGAAGGCCUGGUUUUUGAUUUAGUAGCUAAAGAGUUUGAAAAGCAAAUGGGUAAUUAUUCAGUAGCAACUGACGUUCAAAAACUGACCGGUUUAAGGCCGUGUUUCAAUAUUUCUGGCGAGAACUCGGUUCUUGUACCGGAAUUGAUUUUCCACUUUAAAGGUGGUGCUAAAAUGCAACUGCCUUUGUCUAAUUAUUUUGCUUUUGUUGAUCUGGAUGUUGUCUGUUUAACAAUUGUGAGCGAUAAUGGGGCUACUCAGGGCGGUCGUAGCGGCGGUGGUCCGGCGAUAAUCUUGGGGAAUUUUCAACAGCAGAAUUUUUAUAUAGAGUAUGAUUUGGAGAAUGAUAGAUUUGGAUUCAAGAAACAGAGUUGUGCAUGAGCUGGUUCAUUUUGUCCAUACACUAAAUAAUUGAAUAAGUCACAUUGUAUUGGACAUUAUUAUAAUUUUAGAGGCUUAAUACAUUGCAUUGACAAAGAGGAAUAAUUGAAAAAUGGGAUGGUGGCGGUGGCGGUGGCGGUGGCUGUUGCGGUUGCGGUGGAUGGUGGAGAAAAUUGUGGGUGUAGUAGUGAGGAUUUGGCAUGUGAGUGGAGAUUGCAAGGAUACGGUGAAGGGGGCAAAAUAUUAUCUACCUUUCUUUAUAAUCAUUAUUAGAAAAAGUCGACAAAAGUAAUUUAUAAUUGUAGGUUUUUUAAUUUUUAGGCAAAGAGAGGAUCUUCCUCAUCAUUGUUAUUUAUUAUUUUAAGAUACAACUUUUUGAAUUGA